AUGAAGCUUCACAGAUGGUCAAGUGAGGAAUUUCCUCAAGAGUUAGCUCUCAUAUACAUUUCCCUCACUGAUAAAUCCAAGCAUAGCAUUUUCCGUUUAAGCUUCAACUCAAAAAGGGUGUUGUUGAAACUCUCUAACUCUUUCUGUGACGCUCAUCCAAAGCGUGAACUUCGCAUGGAGCUCACUGCUCAGAAAGACAACCUCAAAUGUUUCAACUUUGUGGCAGUGAAAGUCAUCACAGAUGACACUUCUAUACAUGAUGGAUUCAAUGUUUGUGCCAACAAAUAUUUGAGCGAUCUUUGUGGAAGGAAAAGUUGUUUCUACGAAGUGAUGAGGAAAGUUGGAAACAUGAGUUCCGUGGAGAAGGUGAAUUGGGAGUUUUGUCACUGGUAUUACGUGGGUGCUACCCACAUCGCAUUCAAUGUGAUAAUCGAGUGUGACAAAACGAGAGGACUUAGGGCAGAGUUUAGAGGCCCUUUUAAAUGCACGAGUUUGGUGAAAGAACUAAAAUCUGAGGCUUCAUUGAUUCUGCGCGAGGUGAACACAAAGCCCACUGAAGAAGCUGUGAGAAAGUUGAUGGAAGGUAUUAUCAAAGGCAGAGAGUACAUUCUCUAUGAAGGAGGUUCCGAGCAACGUGCUACAGUGGUGAAUAAUAUUGUGAACACAGGUGCAACUUUUAAUGGUGAUGGUAAUGGUUCUAAAUAUGAAAAUUGUGAUAUUGUUAUGAAUUCGUAUUUUAACUCAUCACCAAAACCGUGA